GGCAGUAAAAAGUGUAGAGAGAGAGAGAGGGGACGACUUGUUAUGCGGCGUGUCUUCAAGUGUCGUGCAUGCAUUUUUAUGCAAUCUGUUGCUUUGCAUGCAUUCUCUCUCCUCUGUCUGAACUCUAUCAAAUACACGUUUUCUUUGGGGUUAAAAGCCCCACCACCGCCGUAACGCUCUGCGGGAAGCAUCGUCAUCGAUCUCCACCUAGUUGACCCUGUAGUUCUUCAUCUUCACUUUUAGCAGAGCUAUAUUUAUUGCUACUGGUUGAAAAAUUAUAGUCUUAUGAGGAUGAACAAGAAAUGGGUUUGUUUCUGUGUUCGUUGUUAUUGUGAAUGCGAACACUUCUAGAUUUGGGGUCUUCGAGGAUUGGGACGAGUGCUGUUAGGGUUUUGAUUUGGAUUUGCGUCUUGCUCUGCUCGAAGAUUUCGAUUUUGGGUUAAUGGGGCCAAAGAUUUGCAUGAAUGCUUCAUGCGGAGCAACCUCCACGCUUGAAUGGAAGACAGGCUGGCCUCUGCGAUCCGGUGGAUUCGCCGAUCUCUGUCACAACUGCGGAUCUGCCUAUGAGGAUCUGGUUUUCUGUGAUAUGUUCCACUCAGAGGAAACUGGUUGGAGGGAAUGCAGUUUAUGCAACAAGCGUGUACACUGUGGUUGCAUAAUAUCUAAGCCUUCGUAUGAGUGCCUGGACUUUGGGGGCGUUGGGUGUAUUAGCUGUGCAAAGGGCCCUGGACUUUAUCCGAUCUGGAGGGGUGAAUUUCCUAAUGGAUUUGGUUCAUUGACUGUAAAAAAUGCUGGUGAUUCACUCUCCCCUCCUGUUGAGAAAAGAUUGGUCACUGGCGAUGAGGGAAAACUUAUGCAAUUGUGCAGAAUAGUUGAAGAAGCUAAUGAACCAAACCUCUUGCCUAAAUCUCAGAGAGGUGAAGCAAAUGGAUCUCAAGUUGGCACGGGCUUUUCAAGUGUGAUUCAACCAUCUGUUGGAUUAGUAACAUUUGCCAAACCAGACAAUAGUAGACAAAUAUUAGAGGGUAAAGAUGUGCAAGAAUCACUAGCUCAGCCUCCUUUGAAUAUGAGCUUGGGAACUCCAAAUUUUGUGCUUCCCUUUUCUAGUGGGGUUGUAGAUGGGAGGGAGCAGAGCAAAACAUCUUCUCCCUGCCAACAAGGGCAAAGAUCUCGCCCUAUACUGCCAAAACCAAUGAAAACGGGCCUCACUGCAAGUUCAGAGACAAAUAAAAGUGUGGUUCAGAUGCGAAUUGCUAGGCCUCCUACUGAAGGACGGGGGAAAAAUCAGUUACUUCCCCGAUACUGGCCAAGGAUUACUGACCAAGAGCUGGAGCAAUUAUCCGGAGAUUUGAAUUCUACUAUUGUGCCAUUGUUUGAGAAAGUGCUUAGUGCCAGUGAUGCUGGUCGGAUUGGUCGUUUGGUUCUCCCAAAGGCAUGUGCUGAAGCUUAUUUUCCUCCCAUUUCUCAAUCAGAAGGCCUGCCUUUAAGGAUUCAAGAUGUGAAGGGGAAUGACUGGACAUUUCAGUUCAGAUUUUGGCCCAAUAACAACAGCAGGAUGUAUGUUUUAGAGGGUGUUACCCCUUGCAUACAGUCUAUGCAAUUACAAGCGGGUGACACUGUAACAUUUAGUCGGAUAGAUCCUGGAGGCAAACUUGUCAUGGGGUUUCGAAAGGCAUCAAACACUGAAGAUACACAGGAUGCUCAGACAUCUGCCCUUCUCAGUGACACACUUUCUAGGGAAACAUCCUUUUCUGGUGUUAUUGAGAACCUGCCUUCAGGAAGUGUUUUCUCUGGGCUUUUCCAAACAAUGAAAGGAAGCAAGGAGCAUCAUCAAAAUGCUUCCUGUGAAAAUUUGAAUUUAGUGGAUGAGGAUAUCGCAUUGCAUAAUAGUGAUAACUAUAGGGGCAGGAUGAAUGAAGAUUCACCACGGCAGCCAAGGCAAAUUCCAGAGAAAAAGAGGAUGCGGAAUAUUGGAUCUAAAAGUAAGAGGCUACUAAUGUAUAGUGAAGAGGCUCUGGAGCUGAGAUUUACAUGGGAAGAAGCCCAAGACUUGCUUCGUCCACCCCCAAGUUUGAAGCCUAGCAUUGUUACUAUUGAGGGCCAUGAUUUCGAAGAAUAUGACGAACCACCGGUUUUUGGAAAGAGGACUGUUUACACUAUCCUGCCAUCCAGGGGACGGGAACAGUGGGCUCAGUGUGAUGAUUGCUCCAAAUGGCGAAGGUUACCUGUGGAUGUUCUUCUACCUCCAAAGUGGGUGUGUUCAGAAAAUGUUUGGGAUUCAAGCAGGUGCUCCUGCUCUGAUCCAGAGGAGAUCAGUCUAAAGCAAUUGGAGAAUUUUCUGAAAGCAAGCAAAGGUUCCAAAAUACUUCCUGAUUUCUUUCAACCGUCUGUAAAAUCUUCUUCAGAUUUCAAGAAGCGGAGAAGUGCAGAAAGCCAUAAGUCAGUCCAGGAAUGUGAGCCUUCUGGCUUGGAUGCUUUGGCCAGUGCUGCAGUUCUGGGAGAGAACGUGGGUGAUACAGGUGAACCGUCAGUUGGAGCCACUACCAAGCAUCCCCGACACCGCCCUGGCUGCACUUGUAUUGUUUGCAUCCAGCCCCCAAGUGGGAAGGGCAAGCACAAGUCCACAUGCACUUGUAAUGUUUGCAUGACCGUAAAGCGCAGGUUUAAAACCCUAAUGCUGCGCAAGAAGAAAAGUCAAUCAGAGGGAGCAGAGACUGCCCAGAAGGAUGAUGACUACAAUAGAGAUGAAUCAGAAAUGAAUGGUCCAUCAAGAGAUGGACAUUUGCCUAUGAUUUAUCUGGGGAAUGAAGCAAGCCACAGCGGAAAUCAAGCUGAGGAGGCUGAGAGCAGUAAUGGGAAAUUAGACCUCAAUUGCCAUCCCAACCGUGAUGACAUGCAACUGGAUCUGGAAGUACCAGGAAUGAGUCUGCUGAGCCUUGUUCAAGCAGCUAGCCUUCCAUUAGAGGAUUUUAUGAAGCAACGAAGAGUCCCAAGCUUGACAUGUGAGCAACAGGGUAGUCCGGGUAUAUACACACUAGUUACCGAAGAAAACGAGAGACCUCUGUUGAAUGAAGGGGGCCUUGCAUCUGACGUUUGGGAGCGUGAAAGUAGUAGAGAUCAUGGUGGUUAUCACGAGUCCCAUUAAGCUAGACUGAAACGAUCUUCUCCAUGCAUGGAGAAAAGCUUUCUUUUAUUUUUUUAUUUGUUUAUUGGCAAGGCUUAUCAUGAGUCCAAGUUAGACUGAAACCAUGCAUCUUCCAUCAUGAAGAAGAUCAAGAGCUUCUGUUUUUUGUUUGCUCUUUGAAAGAAUAGGUUUGUUAGCUUUAUAUUUUCAAA